AAUAACAAGCCUCUGCCUCACUAUCUGGAGGACACCAGCACAGCCACUGGUGAAGACGGACGCUUCAUGAGUUUCGUCGGCCGUUAUAAGUUCCACCUUGCACUGGAGAACGGCCUGUGUCCCGACUACAUGACGGAGAAGCUGUGGCGGCCCAUGCACCAGGGCUGUGUGCCCAUUUACAGGGGCUCAUCAUCGGUGGCCGACUGGCUGCCAAACAGUCAUUCCGUUAUCCUCAUUGAUGAGUUUCACUCUUUACAGGAUCUGGCGGAGUUCAUAAAGACUCUGGAUCAAGAUGAUGUGAAGUACUCGCGCUAUCUGGAGUACAAAACGCCCAGCAAGAUCACGAACCUGCGUCUGCUGGAGGGAC